AUGAGUUAUGAUCAGCACACUGAAUGCGAAUCCUGCCUGGGGCCAGAGCACGCGUAUGCGGCUCUCAGCCAGCAGGUCGCAUGCCAGCACUGUGCCCGUCUCCCCUCGGCCGACAGGAAGCGUAGAGCGGACGCUCUCGCUGCUGCGACCGAGGACGACGAUUCGUGCCCCUGGAGCCGACACGUGCCCCUGGAGCCGAGUGCCGGGCAGGAGUCGGACGACUCCUACCCCAUCUCCCUCCACGAGUCGGAGCAGGGUGUCGACUUGGCCGAGCACGCGGUCCCCUUCUCCGUCACCACGGCGCUGCCGGCGAUAGGUGGCAUCCUGCUGGAACUGCCGGGGAUCAUUUGCAAGGCGGCCGCCUGCAGAGGUCUCCCCGUUCCCCCAGCUCAGGAGAGGAGUGCUCCGGACGACAUGGCCGGAGUUUUUUCGCGGGUGCAGACGGUCAGGAGUGACCCGAUCUGGCCACGCUUCCCCGCCAUCAGGAGGUACCAGGAGGGGGCGGCGGCGAACCCGAGGACUCUGAAGGCCCCGGUGUCCACGUUUGUUCCCCUCACCAAGGUGGAGGGUUUUACAGAUGUGGGAUUCCCAGCCACCCCUUCGCUGGAGCCGGGCCUGACGGCGUUUUUUGGGGUGAGGCAGGCCAACAUGAUCGCCGGACGGCGCCCUACGUUGGCCUCCCCCAGGGACCAGUAUGUUGCCCGCCAGGCCGACCGGGUGCACCAGUGUGCCUUUCAGGCGUCGGCGGCGGCAAACAACAUCGCGCUGCUGUCCAACUCGGUGGUGACGCUGGUGGAGCGGUCCACCACCUUGGCCGCUGACGAAGCGGAGGAGAUCGCCAAGGCUGCCAGCACGGCGCUCACACUGUGUGCGUCUGUUGCUGUCUCCCAGGCUAGAAUCGCCGCGUGGGUGACGCAAAUCCAGCGCCACCUCUGGCUGCAGCAGGCGUCCGUUACAGAAACGGCCAGAAAAGUGCUGCUGGAUGCUCCAAUCAGCCCGGACGGGCUGUUCGGACCCCAGUUCCACGCCAUGGUGGAAUCCAUGAAGGCGGCUGCGGAACAGGCGGACGACAUCCGCCAGCACGCAGAGCUGCGGGAACUCCUGUUGAAAGAGGCUAUUUCCAGGGUUCCUCAAGGGGAAGAAAAUCAGGGGUAUUACUCCCGCUAUUUUCUUGUCCCGAAAAAGACAGGGGGGAUGAGACCCAUCCUCGAUCUGUCAGUUUUCAACAAGGUCAUAAUGAAAAGGCCUUUUCACAUGCUGACGAUCAGACAGGUGCUGGAGUGUGUUCACCAGGGGGACUGGUUCACAUCGAUAGACCUGAAGGAUGCUUACUUCCACGUAGCCAUCAUCCCAAAACACAGGAAAUACCUGCGUUUCUCAUUCCAGGGAAUACCGUACCAGUACAACCGUCUGCCGUUCGGUUAUUCCCUGGCUCCUCGCACUUUUUCGAAGUGUGUAGAGACGGCGCUGCAGCCGCUUCACAGAGGAGGGAUGAGAGUGCUGUUUUACCUGGACGACUUGCUAUUGCUAGCUCGAUCCAGAGAGGAAGUUGCUUUACAGACGCAGAGAGUGGAGGCACUGACAGCUCUUCUCCGACGCGUCACACCCCGCAGCGUGGUGACAGCCCUCUCCGUAAUGCAGCUGCUUGGCAUGAUGGCAGCUGGUCACGUGGUGAUUCCCCUGGGUCUCCUUCACAUGAGGAGACUCCAGAGGUGGUUUAUUCGCCUGCGCAUCGACCCCGUGCGACAGAAGAGGCGCCUGGUGGCCAUCCCUCCUUCCGUGGGUUCAGACUUAACCUAUUGGAAAAGUCCCCACGUCCUGUCAGCGGGUGUGCCCCUGGGCAGAGUUACGUCACACAUCUCGGUGUUCACAGACGCAUCUCUCUCAGGGUGGGGAGGAACGUGUAUGUCACAGGCAGUGGGGGGACAGUGGCCGGCUCACAUGUCCCUCCACAUAAACGUGCUGGAAUUGCUCUCCGUACAGAGAGUAAUCCAGUAUUUUGCCCUGUUGCUGCGGAAUCAGCAUGUGUUGAUUCGCACAGACAACAAAGCCGCGGCAGCCUACAUCAAUCGCCAGGGCGGAGUACGCUCAGCGCAGCUUUUGAACACAGCCAGGCCGCUGUUGAUCUGGGCGCGCGCACACUUGCUCUCCAUCAGAGCAAUGUAUGUUCCCGGCGAGCUGAACAGAGGGGCAGACCUCAUGUCCAGAGGAGGUCCUCGCCAGGGGGACUGGAGCCUCCAUCCCGAGCUGGUCUCCCAGGUAUGGAGCCGGUUCGGGAGAGCAGAGGUGGAUCUGUUCGCCGCACGCGGGAACGCGCAAUGCGCCCUCUGGUUCUCCCUGAAAGCGCAGGACCACCCCCCCCUGGGGGUGGACGCGUUCGCACAUCGACCAUGGCCCAGGGGACUGUUGUACGCCUUCCCACCAGUCCCGCUGAUCCCUCGGUUCCUGGACCGAGUGCAGGAGGAGCGACUGUCAGUGAUCCUAAUUGCCCCGGAGCGCACGGGCGCUUCCUGGUUUCCUUGCCUACAGCGUACGCUGUCAGGCAGACCGUGGGAAAUUCCGUGGCGCGGGGACGCUCUCUCGCAGGUGGAGGGAGCGAUCAACAGUCACCCUGUGAUAGGCCAGCACUUAUGGGCAUGGCCCCUGAACGGGAACACUUAG